AUGGAAUCAUUUCGAACACAAUUGGUCGGCAUCAGUGCUUUUCCAAUGCUGGAAAACCAAAUUGUCAACUCCAAGACUCAAGCUUUAUUAAGAAAAUCUAACCAAGGCCUAAUAAUAGCUUCCACAAACCCAUCCAAUUUGGUAGAGCCAACAAGACUUGGUGAAAGAUUUGCCCCAGAUAGCUGCGUGGAAGGCGGAAAUUUGAAGUACGUGUGGGGAAAUGGGCUAUAGAAGUUUCCUAUGUUUGGCGCUGCAAGGCCGAUAAAUUCUGAUCGGAAUUUAUCGGUUGGUUGCACCAAAUCAAUGCCUUGGUCGGACCAAAAAGCGAUUUGGUCCGACGAACUUGGAAAGCUCCUGGGAAAAUGUCUGCGCUUUCAGCGCUAUAUAGAGGAAACCUCUAUAAUUGAAAACACUCAUAGACCAACUGAGCUUUAUCAGCUGGAAAAAACCCAAGAGGAAGCUUCAAAUGAUUACGUGAAUAAUGAUUACCCCAAAAUCAAAAUGGUUAUCCCGCAACUAAUAGUAAGAGAAAGGCCAGGAAUAACGACACUAUCCUUACGAUCUCAAACAGUCCCUGCAAAUUAUUUUUCAAAUGACGAAAUAGUGGAAGAAGAGCCGAAGUCAAAAACUAUUGAAGUUUCGAUGCCAACUGCAAAGAAUUUGUCGACAUCCCAGAAUUCUUCUUCAUUGAGGAGUUCUUCAAAUAAUAAAUCAAGGUCAAGUCUUAGCAAGACGAGCAAAUCCAAUUCGCAGCUCUCCUCAUCUUCCCGGCAAGAGAAAUCAUCACUAAUUCCAACGAAAAAGCGGCCCAAAAAAUCAAAGAAAGCAAUUUUGAAGAAAACUGAAAAAGAAGUCCCAAGCAUUGCAAUCCCUGAAGCCUCCCCAGACAAUCCUUCUUCGCUUAGUGCGAGUGCUAGCAGAAAGACAGUCACUUGGAGCGAGCCUUAUAGUGAUAAUCGUGAUACUAUAAAAGAAGAGUAUGAAGAAAAGAGAAAACAGCUGUUUGAGAACCAUAAAAAAUAUCCCAGCUAUUUUAAGGAAAAGGACCCACAUAAGGAUUCAAUAGAAAAACUAGAAAAAAUAAUAAGCGAGCAAAAUACGUUAGUAAAAAGCCUUGACAGCGGACUUUCAGCUUCCAGCCAAAGCUCGAAGUACCAGAAAACGUAUGAAGAACUGGAAAAAGAAAUAGAGAGCAUUAAAGAGCUUUUGAAUGAAAGAGAAGAAAAGUUCAAAAGCAGUAGCAGUUAUAAUAGUAAGGAAGAAGAAGAAAUUAGUGAUUUGUCAUAUUCAUCGGAUGAGCCUAGAAAAGAAGAGUUCGAAGAUUGGCUUUCCCCUAGGUUUCCAGAAGAUAAACCUUAG